AUGGCCAAUAUGGAGGAACAGAAGCUGAAUCUCGACCAGCCUCUUUUAUCAGCUAGAAGAUACACGACCCCAAGAACAAUACAAAACGAGACGAAGAAAGCCGAUUACAAUUCUCCCCCUCGGUUUCAAUCAAAAGUAAAAUCGGGUCCCCUUAGAAAUCCCGGUUCUGUGCCAUUUGUAUGGGAGCGUGCUCCCGGGCACCCCAAGCAACAAACUAUAGUAAAAUCGCCUAACAACCAAAAAACGAGUGUCGUCGACACAUUCACCCCAAAGCUUCCUCCAGGGAGACUCCCAAAGGCCAAUAGUAAUAUUAAUAUAAACAAUAAUGAUAAGCAAUUGGCUGUUGAUGAAAAUUCUAGAGAGGUUGAUGAAAACAGUAAGGAGUUGGUGAAGGAAGAGGAUGAGGAUGGUAGUGAGGAAGCUUAUGUGGAUGCACUCGAUACACUCUCGAGGAUGGAAGAGUCGAUUUCCUUGAACUGUAGUACGAGCGGGCUAAUAAGUGGGCCCGGAGGCUUACAUGCUAUGCUGCCGGGAGAUCGGGAUUUCAUGAUGGAUCGAUUUCUCCCAGCAGCUAAGGCAAUGGCUUCUCUAGAGAGUACUCCUCGGUAUGUAUCGACUGAAAAACAACAAGUUCCGGUCAAAGAACGAUCUCAACAGCCGGUGAAUCAGAAAAAGCCUGCACUGAGGUAUGGGCCGAGUUUUGCCCAGCGGUAUUCACAUUACCAAGAAGAAGAGGAAGAAGAAGAAGAAGAGAGUGAUGAUGACAAUGAUCAACGUCAGAAUUUGUGUGGCUUGCUUCCCGGGUUUUGCUUGAGGAGGACUGUUCAUCCAGCCUGCCUCAUAAAUCCUGUUUCGGCUAAGAAAUUGCAAUGGAGGCCCGGUUUUUCUAAUAAGCUUAACGGCGAAAAGACCCAAUCGAGAAGAAACGAGUUGAGUGCGUUAGGUAGUCACAAUACAUCAAAACAAGUCCACAAUAUUCACCAAGUGAAAAUAAAUGCUAGUAUUGCUGAAGGACUUGAAUCUGGCAAUGAGAAGCGUCUCGAAACCUCUGAGAAACUAUUGACUGGUCAAUGCAGUCCGAAGGAGUCAAACUCGGAUAUCGAGAAAACCCUCUACGUGGAUUCAGUAACUCACAUGGUGGGGUCCCCGGAUUCCGGACCUUUUCCCGACAGCACAUCACAGUACAUUGACCAAACGGAUAUGACAAAUUCAGACGAGUCAUGUGAAAAAAGUCGUGUUUUUCUGCCGGAUUCAACUACUAGAGAAAUUGUACAAGAGGCGAAGAAAGAAGAAAUCGAGGUUGUAGUAGAAAAGGGGCUAUUAUCGGAGUCAACAGCUCUUGAAAACUCCGAACAAAUGCACUCUCGGCACCCUCUCCCCCCUCCUUUGCCGAAGUCUCCAUCUGAUUCUUGGCUUUGGCGUACAUUGCCUUCACUGUCUACAAAAAACUCAUCAAUCAAUCCUCGAGACCGGUUUCCAAAGGCACCCACUAGUGAUGAUAUCAAGUGGGAAACCAUUGUUAGAACUACAAAGGCACAAAACCGUCACAUUAUGCGUUAUUCUGAGGAAUCAUUGGCAACUAUACCAGAAACAUAA